AUGGGUAUCCCAGCCGCCUUCCGAUGGCUCUCCAACAAAUACCCGAAGAUCAUCUCGCCCGUCAUCGAGGAGCAGCCUGUGAAGAUGGAGGAUGGUUCCGAGAUUCCCGUCGACACCAUGGGGCCCAACCCUAACGGCGAGGAACUUGAUAACCUGUAUCUCGACAUGAACGGUAUUGUCCAUCCUUGUUCACACCCCGAGGACCGUCCAGCCCCAAAGGACGAGGAGGAGAUGAUGCUGGAGGUCUUCAAAUACACGGAUCGUGUUGUCAACAUGGUUCGUCCGCGAAAGCUACUCAUGAUUGCUGUCGAUGGCGUCGCCCCUCGUGCCAAGAUGAAUCAACAACGGUCUCGUCGAUUCCGAUCCGCACAGGAAGCUCAGGAGAAGGAGGAGGAUAAACAAGAACUUCUCAAGCUGUUAAAACAGCAGAGUGGUGGUAUCGUCUCUAACGACAGCCUAGAAAGCGUCACGAAGAAGGCCUUCGACUCGAACUCCAUUACUCCCGGCACUCCCUUCAUGGAUAUCUUAGCGGCGAGUUUGCGAUACUGGUGCGCAUACAAGCUGAACACGGAUCCGGCAUGGGCUAGGCUUAAAAUCAUCAUUUCUGAUGCAACAGUCCCCGGGGAAGGAGAGCACAAGAUCAUGAACUUUGUGCGGUCUCAGCGCAUUUCUCCAGAUUAUGAUCCAAACACCCGCCACGUCAUUUACGGUCUCGAUGCAGAUUUGAUCAUGCUUGGUCUAGCAACUCAUGAGCCCCACUUCCGAGUUCUGCGUGAGGAUGUCUUCUUUCAAGAUAGCAAGGCCAAGAUGUGCAAGCUGUGCGGACAGAAGGGGCACGAGGCUCGCGCCUGUCGUGGACAAGCCAAAGAAAAGGUUGGCGAAUUCGAUGAGCAGGAGAAGGGUCCCGCUCUCAAGCCCUUCAUCUGGCUCCACGUUUCUAUCCUCCGUGAGUAUCUGGCUGCGGAGCUCAAUGUCCCAGGCUUGCCCUUCCGCUUCGAUCUGGAAAGAGCCAUUGACGACUGGGUCUUCAUGUGUUGCUUUGUGGGCAACGACUUUCUGCCUCAUUUGCCAGCACUCGAGAUCCGAGAAAACGGUAUCGACACUCUGACAGCCAUUUGGAAGGACAACUUACCUGUUAUGGGCGGCUAUGUGGUCAAAGACGGCCACGUCGAUCUGGGUCGGGCUCAGCUAAUCCUGAAUGGUCUGGCGAAGCAAGAAGACUCUAUCUUCAAGAGAAGGAAGGAGACAGAAGAUCGAAGAGAGGCUAACUUCAAACGGAGAAAGCUUCAGGAAGAGCGCAAUCCCAGGUUUGCCAAGCCGAAGCAAUUUGACAACGCGGCAGCGGGCUUGACCUUGUUCCCGGCUGCAGGAGGUCCAAAUGGCAUCACACACGACAUGGUGGUAGGCCGCUCGUCUAACAUGAACGCCAACACUGCCAACAAAAGCGCUGCAAGCGCCAUCCGUGAGCAACUUAAGGACCUGAUGUCCAAGCCGGAGCCUAGCCAAGAAGUUGACUCUGGCGAGAAAGCGAGCGAAGAAGCUCCGAGCACUGCAGACCAGAAGUCUGUACUCGGCAAACGUAAGGCCGAGGACGCGGCAAUACAGGCCGAUUCGACCCCUGCCAGUGUGACGGGCCCUAACACGCCGUCUGCUGCCGAGGAAGCUGCAGUAGAUCACGUUAGGAUGUGGGAGGAGGGAUAUGCUGAUCGGUAUUAUGAGCAGAAGUUCCACGUUGACCGCAACGACCAUGAGUUCCGUCACAAGGUUGCAAGGGCCUACGUUGAGGGCCUGUCAUGGGUUCUUCUUUACUACUUUCAAGGAUGCCCGUCUUGGGAGUGGUACUACCCGUACCAUUACGCUCCUUUUGCUGCGGACUUUGUUGAUCUUGACAAGAUGGAUGUGCGGUUUGAAAAGGGUCGCAUUUCGAAGCCGUUUGAGCAACUUAUGAGUGUGAUGCCAGCCGCUUCUCGCAGUGCGCUGCCUGAAGUUUUCCACGACCUGAUGUUGAAUGAGGACAGCGAAGUCAUUGACUUUUACCCGACCGAGUUUGAGAUCGAUCUGAACGGAAAGAAGAUGGCAUGGCAGGGUGUGGCGCUUCUGCCUUUCAUCGAGAUGCCGAGAUUAUUAGCUGCCGUUGAAAAGAAGUAUCCUCUUCUGAGUGCGGCAGACCAGGCACGAAACGGUGUUGGCAGGGACGUGCUGCUUCUGUCAGAUGCCCACCAUGAACUAUACGACGAGAUCACGACUAGCUUCUACUCCAAGAAACAAGGAGCACCUACACUGAAGCUCAACCCGCGGACCAGCGACGGGCUGGCUGGUAACGUUGAGAAGAUUCCAGACUAUUUGCCGCACGGAGAAUUGGUAUAUCCUUUGGAGCGCGGAGAAAUGCCUAACCUUGACUACGACAGGUCUCUCAGGGUCUGGUACACGUUUCCAUCGAGCUCCCACCCUCACAAAUCUAUGUUACUUCGGGGUGUCAAACUUCCGGCUCCGGCCCUGGACCGUAACGACAUUGACACGCUCAAAGGAAAGUCGAACCGGUCCGGCCGGGGCUACGGCGGCGUCCCCUUUCAACGCGGCGGGCACCAUGAUAGCGGUCGUCGAGGCAACUUCAGCUACGCUCCCGGCGGCGGCGGGCAAGGACGUCAAGAUCGCGGACCGCCGUCUUACUCAGGCAACGGCAACUAUGGGCAUGGGCAACAUGGAAAUCAGCCACCUGGCCCACCACCAAUCCAAUCGUCAUGGCACCCCCCGCCGCCAGGGCAUCCUGGAUUCGAUAUGGGCCUUCCACCUCCGCCGCCGCCCGCUGGGUACGGGAAUGAUGGUCGAGGACCAAACACGUACCGUGGAGGCGGAUACAAUCAGCACCAGAAUUAUGGACCACCGCCACCUGGGCCCAAUUCUUACUACGGUCAAGCUGACGGGGGUCAUCGUGGAGGCCGAGGUGGCUAUCAGGGUCGUGGUGGCUACGGCGGAGGUCGUGGUGGCGGAGGAGGUGUUGGUGGUGUUGGUGGUGGUGGUGGUGGUAGAAGAUAUGGCGGUGGACGGAAUAGUUACCGCUAA